GACCCAUUAGUCUAAGCCAUCCGCGGAGGGCUCAAAGGCUAGGCUGUUUAGAGGUGCUGCCAUUGUCGUGGCAAUGGUUUUCAUGUGCCACUAGUUUCCGCAAUCCCCACGACGCAUGGGCGCGGAGCUGCUAUAAUGCGCUUGGCCGCACUCACUUCUCCUUCACUUCACUUCGAAGUUGAUCGACCCUCACUCCUCGUGAUUGGGCCCCUUGGCCCCUUUUUUGCUGCUGAUUGUUCCUUCCCUGGUCCCGCUCGUGUGCCCAUGUCCUGGACCAGUACCUUCUCAUACUUUGAACAAGUGAUAUGUUCCACUUGACUCUCUCAUUAGCCUGGACGUGACUCCAGCUUCUGUCUCUGAGCCGGCAAUCACGUGGUCCCUCAGCUCUUGCUGCGGCCUUCGUGAAUUUUCGAACUUGUCGCCAAUUCUUGGAAUCUUUACUUUACUUCUGACGAUAGGAUUCUUUGAAAUGUCUUAAUCUUCUAAUGCUGAUCUCUAUUCUGGAAGUAUUUAAACCUCUCCUAGUGUACUUAUUAGUUGAGGUCUUCGCAGAGAGUAGUUGGUAUUUUGAGCACCUCGAAAAGAAUCCUCGGACUUGCAAUCGUAUUCGAGAAUUGGCGAGAGGUUGUAGGUAUCACAGUCACCAUCUCAGCAAGUAUACUACGAAGAGCACUACUCCGGAGCGCCAGCAUAGGAGCAGAAUUUGAUGGGCGUCACUCCCUGACGAAUCAUUAGUUAGGUUGCAAUCUCGGUGUUAUUUGGGUUUCAAAAUGAAGUUAUUCGGGUGGGGUAAGAAUAAGGACCCGCAGCCACCGGUGUUGCAGCAAACCAAGAAAUCAGAUCCGUACGAAAGGAGUUGCGAUGGGAGAGAUCGAGGCACAGCAAGUAUGAGAACAAUCGUUGCUGGGAUGAGCAUCCGAAGGCGACAGGGGGUUUUUGACGUGGACAACAGGGAUUAUCUCCACGGCGGCUUAACCACAAAGUCUAAGGGUAGUUGCAUCGGUGAUCCGGAUUCCGGCAACAAGAUGGAAGAUACAAUCCGGUUUGUGUUCAGCCACAAGCGGGAAGGUCUGCUUGCUAUCGGGACAUUCGCCUUGGAACAUCUUCAGUCCAUUCGGAACACCAUUGACGUGCACCAGAAAACAGAGGAAAAAGACGCAUGCGAGCCUUCCACCUGCGCUUCAGCGAUAGAGACUACCGUUUCAGACGACCAAGAAAAGUUGCAACGAGGCUGGUUAAUAUCAAGGAAAGUGAGUAAUUUGCCGGCGUUCGGAGAUGGGACCUUGGGAGGGGAGUCCGAAAGUGAAGAGCGUCACAAGAGGCUCGAUCAGUCUAAGGCCCUUAUCCUCUGCAAUAACGGGAAUCGGACGCCAGAUACGCGUAUGAAACCCAUUGUCCUCCUCACAUCGCUGCCACCCGAGCUUCGAAAGGAAUUUGAUCUCGCCAGGGCUACGCUCUACAGCCAAUCGCAUUUAUCGAAUCUCGUUGUCCACUGGACCGACUCUGUGCCACCUUCAGUGCUUGACAGUGCCGAGGGACCCUCUCUCGUCGACGACUUCUAUUCAUCUUUUCUCUGCGGGCUCUUCAGCUCCAAGAAAAAACCUUCUAACUCUGACAAGACGUUAGGUAAGUGGUCAACCCAGAGAGAAAUCGAGCCUAUACCUGGCGAAGAAAAGAGACGCAUGAUUCCCAUUGAGCUUGCUGAGAUGGAAUUAAUUAAGAAAUCCAUCUUUCAGAGCAUUGGAUCCGCUGGAAUGCCAUCACUUAACAAGCUCGCGAAGCUCUGGAGGUUGACGUGUAAACAAACUUCUGCGAGGAUAGCCCCCGAAAGGAGACCAGUCUCACGACCUACGCUCAAGGGCCCGCAGUGCAAUCCACAUGAAGAAUGUUCUACUACCCCAGUAGCGCAGCCCUUGAGACCGACAAGCCGGGUUUCUGACGACGAGUGCAGGCAGAAGGUUGAGGAAUUUAGAAGACGAGUGAAAAUGCACGAGAGGAUGACAAUUGCUCCUAGGGAGCCAAGUGCCGAAUGCUCUCCAAGUCACGACGGUUUGGGACACUGGAUCAAGACCGACGAAGAUUUUGUUGUACUUGAGUUGUGAAACAACCACAUAAAUUUCUCAAACAGGAGCGUUUCCACUUUGCCAACUUAAUUGGGUCAGUAAUUACCUUGUCGAUGCGAUUGGGAGCGCUAGCCACUCGUUCGACUCAAACUGAAGCGUUAAUGGUCCGAAUCAUUUCACUAGAAUCCCGCUUUGUUUUUGGUUUGAAUCAAUCAAUGCACUCCUAACUGAGUGCUGUACAAGACGAUCGGAAGUUGAGAAUUUGGGCAUGCGAGCAUCUAAUGGCUUUUUAGCUUGGGCUCAAAAUCCAUUCCUUAGCAAUCGAAUGAGAGAGAUGUGACCAAGGUCUACGUUCUGUUUCAGAACCUGCAUUAUCCGCAUCAAAUUCUCAAUCUGCACAAUCUCAAUGCUGGUAUGUUUUUGAACUGAUCAGCUGGGCCAAGUCAAGUCAUACGUACUGCCGAGAGGCAUCUGCUGGACUCAUCUCGAGCCAUUUGUUGGCCCUUGCACAACUAUAACUUAGCUUUGCAUCAGUACACUAAAACACUUCGACCAAAGUGUACUUUACUUGAGAUAGCUGGUGGUAUAUCAUUGAUCUCACAAAUUUUCGUUUUUUUCUGCUAGACACACUAGAGCUUGUUUACGUCAUAGACCAUACUUCAAAAUUGCUGAUGGUGUGUAAGAAUUGUACAUAGAGCUAUUCAUUUUCAGGCGAAAACAGUAACGUGUUGAAUAGUGAGAUACUUUUUUCCGUUCUCAGAGUGCCUACCUUAUAGAUUCUGAGAUGGAAUCAACUGCAUCGUCGGUGUAAUUUUGGUAUUGUGUGCGCAAUAAAGUUUGGAUUGUGACGUUCAAUGCA